AUGGUUAAUGUUAUUAAUUUAUUAGAUAUUCAAAAAGAUUUGAAUUGUGAUAAAGUUAAAGGUAAUAUAGAAAUAAUUCUUUAUGGGUGUAACAAUAAUGGGGUUGUUAAUCUUGGUAAAAGUAUAAAUGAAAUUAAAAACAAAAACCCAAAUGGAUCAGUUGGUGAAAUAUUAGUUACAAAUGAUAAAAUAUUUUUAGGUAUAGGUAAUAUAGAACAUAAAGACGUUAAUGGUUCAUAUAUGGCAAUUGUAAAUAUACAAAGAGCAAUGAAAAAAGUAGCUGAACGAAUUAAAGAAAACUACAUACAUUAUGAGAUAACAAUUGCUAACAAUCCUUUUAUACGUGAGGCUAUUCAUGGAUUGAUACAAUCACUUUAUAAAUUUGAUAGUGAAUAUUUUACAGAUCAAAAGACUGUAUCACUUUUUCCAAAAAUAAGGUUAAAAGUUGAUGAUAAAGAAACGUAUGAUAUAGCAAUAGCACAAUGCAUAGCAAGAUUUUUAGGUGAUUUACCUCCUAAUUAUUUAACACCUAAAAUAUUUGUUUCAUUUGUAAAAGAAAUGUUUAAAAAUUCUAAAAAUGUAAAAAUAGAAGUUUUUGAUCAAAAAGCGUGUAAAAAAAUGGGAAUGGGUUUAUUUUAUUCAGUAACACAGGGUGCAAAAAAUCAGGGUAUGUUAGUUACUAUAAAAUAUUCAAAUAACAAAAUAAAUAAAGAUUCACAUGAUAUUGCUUUAGUGGGUAAGGGUGUGAUUUUUGAUUCAGGUGGUAUUUCAUUAAAAAAACCACAUGAUAUGAAACAAAUGAAAUGUGAUAUGAUGAGAGGAGCGACUGUGUUAUCAACUAUGUUACUUGUAGUACAAAACAAAUUAAAACUCAAUAUUACAUGUACCAUUCCAUUGGUUGAAAAUAUGCCAGGUAGUAAAUCAACAAAACCAGGUGAUGUGUUUGUAAGUAUGAAUGGGAAGUCUGUUGAAAUUGUUAAUACAGAUGCAGAAGGUAGAUUGAUUUUAGCAGAUGCGUUAACAUUUGCACAAAGAUAUUUUGAUGAAAAACCAAAAUAUGUAAUAGAUGCAGCAACACUCACUCAUGCAGUAUCAGAAGCCCUAGGUAAUGUUUAUGGUGGUUAUUUUACAAACAGUGAAAAAUUAAAUGAUAUAAUUAAGAGGAAAAGUAAAAACGUUGAAUUUUUACAAAGAUUACCGUUAUCAGUUUAUUAUUAUGAACUACUUGAUUCUAAAGUAGCAGAUUUAGUUAAUAAUCCUGAAAACGUAUCCGCUGGAGCUUCAAUUGCAGCUGCUUUUUUAUACGAGUUUGUUGAUAGUUCUAUACAUUACGCACAUUUUGAUAUUGCAGGUAUUUCAAUGAAAGGAUUUCCACAUGAAAUAUUUAGAGGCACUGCAACUGGGAGACCUAUAAAAGCUUUCUAUAAAAUUAUUAGAGAAAUUUAUGAUAAAGAAAUAAAUAAUGAGGCAACCUUUUAA